GUAUAUUAUUUGAGUCUUUUAAGUUAGAAAAAAAACGAAGAUUUUUUCAAGUUUCGGAACACUUAUCCUUAGUAUAAUUUAGGCCUUCGGGCCAUUCAAAUCAUCAAGUGGAAAUUAUUCUGAUUUCGUCUGGUUUCAGUCUCAGUUAAUUCGGAGUAUAUUCCCGCUUUGUGAAAAAAAAUAUACUCAUUUUCGGUUAAAUAAAAAAAAAAAUAAAAAUUUAAUAAAUCAAAUAAAAUUUCGUCAGCAUAAAACGAUUUCAAAGAAUUUUGGUGCGGGUUGUCUCACAAAACCGUCACAAAUCAUUCUUAGUAUCUAAAUUUUGUGCCAUAUUUUCGAAAAAAAAAUAAAAAUUUUAGUGAACACAAACGGAAAUUUUAACUUGGCGUACGAUUUCGGCAUCAAAUGCCAAUAAUUACAAUAACAUAUUUAGCAAGUUCAAUCACAUCAGGAAAUAUAAAUUUGUACGAAAAAGAAACCAGAUAACGUCUUUGAAGAAAGGCCCCUCAUCGGGUGCCUCGGAUAUACCGCCAGUGUCUUAAAACUCAAUUUAUUUUAUUAAAAAAAAGUGUGAAAAAUGGAACAAUUCGAACAGCUGUUAACGUGUUGCGUGUGCCUGGAUAGAUAUCGUAAUCCGAAAUUGCUACCAUGUCAGCAUUCUUUUUGCAUGGAACCAUGCAUGGAAGGAUUGGUUGAUUAUGUUCGGAGACAAGUCAAAUGUCCAGAAUGUCGUGCCGAACAUCGUAUACCAUAUCAAGGGGUUCAAGCAUUCCCCACAAAUGUCACCUUGCAACGCUUUCUAGAGUUGCAUAUAGAAAUCACUGGAGAGCUGCCGGAUCCAACAUCUGGUCAAGUGAUGGAACGCUGUAGUGUUUGCUCGGAGAAGGCAUACCUUUCGCCCUGUGCCCAUUGUGACAAGAAGAUUUGUGAGGACUGCAAAAGUGCUCACAUGGACAUUUUGAGACGUGAAAUCACCCGGAUCAAUAGUCAGAUUCGUCGCAGUCUUCAUCGUUUGCAAGAUUCUUUGGCAGUGAUUGAAAAAAACACCUUGAGCUUGCAGACGAAUUGCAUUAGUGUGUCCGAGGAGAUUGAUGAAAUCUACAGACGAGUCACUAAGGCAAUUAAGGAUCGUUCUGAGCAUCUCAAGGGUGAGAUCGAUCGCUACCUUACAACGGAACUGAGAAAUUUGACUUCGUUGAAGGAAAAUCUCGACUCUGAAAUUAAUAAUAUCGCCAGUAAUUGUGAUGUUGCCGACAAGUACAUGAACGAAACUGUAGAAUGGGAUGAUUGUGAGCUGAUGGAUACGAAAGAGAUUUUCUUGAAGACCGUUGAAUUUCUCAGGAACUUUGAGUACGAAAACGCUGAUUACAGCCGACGAGUCCGAUUCCUUGUAUCCAUUGAUCCGAAUCAAUUGGUUAUGAAUUUGGCCACAUUUGGGGACUUGAAUAUUACGCCGCAUGCACAGACAAAUAGCACUACGAGCAGUAGUCACUUGGCACCGCCGAGUGCGCUACAGCCGGGAUUGAUGAGAUCGAAGAGUGAUCAUAGGUUGGCGACGCAGUUCCGUCAACAGGAAGAGAGAGGUGGUUAUGAUGAUGAACCUGCUUUGGGUGGUAGGAAGUUCGGUGAACGAAGGGAACGUUAUGGAGAGACCGGAAGUUCGAGAUACGGACGUACCGGUGGUGACUAUGAUUACGAUUACGAAAGUGAGCAAUCACGCCCGAGUAAGUCACGAUUCCGUUCGAGAUUCGUGCGAAGUCAUCAAAAUGACGAUUCAGACACUGAACCCCAGCGAUCUGUACGUCCCGAAAAAGACGUUAAGGACCGUGAUCGUGUGUUGGACACUGAAGAUGUGUCCCGUGGUCAAUUGAGUGGAAUUAUCCGCUUGUGUGAUUGUCCGAGGGUCAUCAAACGCCUUAACGAACAAGGCAAGGAAAAAAAGGAGAAAAAAGAAACUCCAGCCGCGCCGCCAGCACCUAAACCCGUUGUUGGGCGUAAGACUAUCCCACCUGUAGCCACCAGACAGAUAUCGGAGGAAGAUGAAAUCAGUCGAAUUAAGCGACAAAAUAAGGGAGCUACAUCAACGGCUGCUGUUGCAGCUGCUGCUGCAGUUACUGUUGUUGAACCAGAACGACCAACUGCUGAUCGUGUUGCUGCUUUGAAACGCAAUACGACUUCUAGCAAUACAACUUCGGCAACGAGUGAAGAAAGUGACAGUUCACAUAGGGCUUCUCCAGCCCGUCGGACACCUUCAAGGGCUGAGGCUGACAGCGAUUCUGAAGAAGAAUCUGAUGGAUCAAUUACAUCUCCUCAACAGUCCAAACCCCCAACACCGGCCGCAGUGACAGCUGUCAAAAAACCAACUCGCUCAGCCAGCAGCGAUUCAACAGCCUCCACCGAGAGUUCCAGCUCUGCAGCUGCCCCCUCAACACCAACAAAAUCUGCAACAACAACUGCAACAACCGCAGACAGAUCCCGCUACACCCCAAGAGAGUCGACCGUUCGUGAGACCUCUACAGCACGUACUCGUGGUGAAAGUGUCACCGCCACACCAGUUCCCGAAAAGAAGCCCUUCGUAAGUCGUUUCUUGCCACAACACACUCACAGCACACCCGAGAAGAAAAAGGCUGAGUCUGAGUCGAGUACCGAAGAAGAGACCUCCUCUGAGGAAUCCGAAGAUGAGGCAAGCAAAAAACCGCCAGUAAAGGCUCCUGUAACUCCAGCAGCUACAAGUAGUGGCGCUAGCACUUAUAGGGAACGUCUUGAGGCAAGACGUAAUUCACGAGAUGAAGCCAAUAGACCUUCAUCGUAUGUGCCAAAUACUAGCAACUAUAGCAGUAGUUCAUCGACUGCCCGUUCGCGGCCAACACCCGCCGCACAUCAUGACACAGACUCAGAUCGUUAUGGAGCUUCUGGAAGCAGCUAUACAAGCCGCUUUUUAAAUAAGAGCAAAAGCACUGCUAUUGUGCAACCACCACCCGAAGAAGAUGCCAACGGAACUGGAGACGAUUCGGAUAGCCGCUAUGGUACUGGCCGUUCAAGAUAUCUAGCAAUGAAGGAGCGACGUAAUCGAUUGGCACGCAGCCGAUCCUCCCAUACAUUGGGUAAUGAUGAUGACGAUCUUGAUGAUGCUGCUGUAUCACCAACAACAGCUUCUCCAUCUGCUUAUUUAGCUUCAAGAUACGGAGGCUCUUCAUACGGAGGCGGCUCUGACCUCUCCCGCAGCCGUUCCUCGCACGCACUCAAAUCACGUGACAAUUCACCCGAUCGCAGCGCCACUGCGGCUGCUAAUAAAGAUGGUGAGGCACUAAGCUCAUGGGCGCGAUACCUUAAAAAUAAAUACGGUAACAAAACUGUCAAGGACACCCGUGACGCACCAUCGACCAGUAGUCAUAUGCCAUCAUCAUCCGGUACAUCGGGUACAUCAUCAUCAUCGGCGUCGCGCCGAUUGAGCCUAGGCCUGCCAUUGCGUCAGGCAAAUGAAAUUGCAUCAUCGGACGAUGAUUCAAAAAACGGGCUAGGCUCCCCUACCUCCCCUACGGUAGCAGCCGGUAUAACAGGAGUAGCAGGUACUUCCCCUAGACAGUUAUACCUACGCAAACGUCAACAGCUGUUCCAAUUGGGGGGCCGGGGGAGCGAGCCCGGAUCCUUUACAUGGCCGCGCGGCCUAGCCGUCGGCCCCGACAAUAGCAUCGUGGUGGCGGAUUCAUCGAAUCAUCGCGUCCAAGUAUUCGAUUCUAACGGUAUAUUUGUUAAAGAAUUCGGAGAAUAUGGCAACGGUGAGGGUGAAUUCGAUUGCUUGGCUGGUGUUGCUGUCAAUCGUAUCGGCCAAUACAUCAUUGCCGAUAGAUAUAAUCAUCGCAUUCAAGUGCUCGAUCCGCAGGGCAGAUUCCUGAGAGCAUUUGGUUCACAAGGUACUGCCGAUGGUAAAUUCAAUUAUCCAUGGGGUGUUACCACAGAUGCCUUAGGCUUUAUCUACGUAUGCGACAAAGAAAACCACAGAGUUCAGGUUUUCCAAUCGGAUGGUUCCUUCGUUGGCAAAUUUGGUUCAUGCGGCCGGGGCGAAGGACAACUCGAACAUCCUCACUAUAUUGCCGUAUCAAAUACAAACCGAGUAAUUGUUUCUGACUCAAAUAAUCAUAGAAUUCAGAUAUUCGAUGUCAAUGGCAAGGUCCUAUCUACUUUCGGUGGAGAAGGCUCUGACGAUGGGCAAUUCAAAUUCCCAAGGGGUGUCGCUGUCGAUGACCAAGGAUAUAUAUUUGUCGCCGAUUCUGGCAAUAAUCGCAUUCAAAUCUUCAAUCCAGAUGGAAGUUACCUCAAGGCAUUUGGUUCCUGGGGUUCGGGCGAUUGUGAAUUCAAAGGACUCGAAGGAGUUGCCAUUAUGUCGAAUGGUAAUAUUUUGGUUUGCGAUCGGGAGAAUCAUCGCAUUCAAGUUUUCUAAAAGGAAAAUAAAAAAACAACAAAAAAAUACGAAAAAUCCUUUUAAACAAAUAUUUUUGUUAUAAACUUUAUCAAUUUGUAAAAAAAAAAACACAAAACCGUUGUAUUUUGUUUUUUAAUUUUCUUUGUUCUUAAAAUAUUAACUUGUUAUUUUGUGUGUACGAAGUAGAGUCUUAUACAGAUUAAAAUCCUUUAAAAUA